GUGAAGGGGCGGUGGAUUUGAAAUUGGCGGAACCGGAGUAACGGAGGCCCCCUGCGCGCCUCCCCAGCUGAGGGGAAAUGUUCGGCGAGCGGCAGUCGGUGAAGUCCUCGUCCGUGGAGAAUGACGGCCAGCGGCCGAGCACGCCGAGCAGGAAAUGUGGCCGGGUCCCGUUGCAGGAGGUGCUGCCGCAAUGCAGUGCCCAGCGAGACAUACGGAGUUCCAGCCGAGUGGGGAGCAGCUUGACCCCACUGCUGCGUGGGCUGCACCUGGAGGAUGGUUUCCUACCUGUCUCAACGCUGGUUUACGAGGACGUCUGCAGGAAUAUCUUUGUGGAGGAGGAGGAGGCAGUCUGUACUCCCUGGCUGCGGGACCGGAUCCCUUUGGCAGCCCCAACAGCUGGGAGCCUCAGUGACACGAGCUCACUGCCCUCUGGGGCUUCUGAACCCGCGGCCAGCGAAGGCCCCUCAUCUCCGCGGGUGAACCAUGGCAACCUGCCUCGGGGAACGUGCGACAACGCUGUCCGGACCAUCGUCACUGAGACACGGGAGGAUCCCAAGCUGUCGGUGACUGCAGAGUCGGUGCAGCAGGGAACAGAGACGGCAGUCACCGUCGCAGCUGUACGAGAGGCAGGGUGCCCCCCGACCCCGGCUGCUGGGGUGAGCCUGUCGAACUCUGGCCCUGGGGCCGAGCCUUUCGAUGACAGUAACCCCGGCUCUGAGCCCCUCGCCCUCCACCCACCCCCUCAUCCAGCUCCAACCUCCCCCUCGGGGUCUGUUAGAGCGAGGGGAGACGGGGAGGCAUCACCUGCCAAUGAAGAGGGAAUGAGGUUAGGAAAAAGGAAGAGGCUUUGCUCGGCCGGAGAAGGGGAGGGGUUGAAUGUUGAUGAGGGGGGGCAGUGUGUUCAGUUGACCAUGGGGGGAGAGCAGGCAGGAGUCCGGUCUGGGGACGGAGCGGCGUGGCGUUUAGCGGAGACACAGGAGAACCCGGCAGCAAUCCUUGCUGUACACACGGGAGCAGUCUCCCCUCCUCCCUGUGUCUCGGGGCCCACAGACCUGCAGCAGCCAGUGUUCGCAGUGACACCUGUCGAGGGCAGGGUGCCGGUGCAGCUGGGCAGGGCACAGGUUGAGGAGGAAGGUGAGGGGCAGGUGGUGGAGAUUGAGGAUGAUGAGGAGAGGGCAGAGGAGGAGGGCGAGGCACAGGUAGAAACUGGCCCAGGGAGGGUGUUGGGUGAGAGCUCAGUGCAGACGGAGGUGAGUGAGGAGACGGGCACAGUGCAGACAGAGGUGGAGAAAGAGACGGGCACGGUGCAGACGGAGGUGGGUGAGGAGACGGGCACAGUGCAGACAGAGGUGGAGAAAGAGACGGGCACGGUGCAGACGGAGGUGGAGAAAGAGACGGGCACGGUGCAGACGGAGGUUUUUGAGGAGACGGGCACAGUGCAGACAGAGGUGGAGAAAGAGACGGGCACGGUGCAGACGGAGGUGGGUGAGGAGACGGGCACAGUGCAGACAGAGGUGGAGAAAGAGACGGGCACGGUGCAGACGGAGGUGAGUGAGGAGACGGGCACAGUGCAGACAGAGGUGGAGAAAGAGACGGGCACGGUGCAGACGGAGGUGGGUGAGGAGACGGGCACAGUGCAGACAGAGGUGGAGAAAGAGACGGGCACGGUGCAGACGGAGGUGGGUGAGGAGACGGGCACAGUGCAGACAGAGGUGGAGAAAGAGACGGGCACGGUGCAGACAGAGGUGGAGAAAGAGACGGGCACGGUGCAGACGGAGGUUUUUGAGGAGCCAGGCACGGUGCAGACGGAGGUGGAGAAAGAGACGGGCACGGUGCAGACGGAGGUUUUUGAGGAGCCAGGCACGGUGCAGACGGAAGUGGAGCAGGAGACGGGCUCGGUGCAGACAGAGGUGGAGCAGGAGACGGGCUCGGUGCAGACAGAGGUGGAGCAGGAGACGGGCUCGGUGCAGACAGAGGUGGAGCAGGAGACGGUCUCAGUGCAGACGGAGGUUUUUGAGGAGCCAGGCACGGUGCAGACGGAGAUGGAGCAGGAGACGGGCUCGGUGCAGACAGAGGUUUUUGAGGAGACGGGCUCGGUGCAGACAGAGGUGGAGCAGGAGACGGGCUCGGUGCAGACAGAGGACGUGGCAGAGGUGCAGACUGAGGAGGCUGUGGAUGGGGCCGAGGAGGGAACGGAACUGGGCAUGAGCCCGUUGCCACCGCCUGCAUCCUGCGCACUGACCUGCCUCAUCCACCCGGCCAACGCUCAGACUCCUGCGGACACCUGGAAGCUGCUGGCGGCUCAACUCGGUACGAGGAGGGUCACCUGCCGCGAUGUCAGCACGGGGAUCACUCCCCUGGGGUCACACUGUGUCGCCACUUGUAUGACCCCCGUCAGCCUGGCGGAGGAUUCUGGGAGGAGCACGACGGACAGCGCGGUGCUGACGGACUCUCUGCUCUGGAACUUCAACCUGGAGAAGCUGCAGAUGGUGCCCCGGGGAGAGCUGGAGCGGCGCCUGGAGACGACCCUGAUCAUCACCGAGGUUCUGUCCAGCCAGAUGAGUGAGCUGUCCAGGAGCAAGGGGCUGCACCGGUGUGUGGGGCCAGCAGACCAGAGAGAGGCCUUCACCCAGACCUCCUGUACCCAGGCUCCCCAGCUGGAGGAGCGUUACCAGCAGCUGUACCUGGAGCAGGCCGCCAGGCUGCGGGAGCUGGAGCUCGGGCUGCAGCAGUGCCGACAGCUCCACUCCACCAUCAGCACCUUCCAGCAUCAGCAGAAUUCGCUGCAGAAGGAAGUGGAGGACAGCCUUUCAGCCGCUGACUCUGCUUGUGAGGAGAUGCAGAGGGAACGAGAGCGGAUGAUGGAGCAGCUGCAGGAUGCCAGGCAGCUGGCCCGCGAGAGUACCAGGACGCUCGGAGCCAUGGCCCAGGCAACCAGCGAGGCCCGGGAGGAGGCUGCAGCCAUGAAGAGCCAAGCGGCAGAGGCCGAGUGGAGGAGGGUGAAUAUGCACCAGGAAUUGGAGAAUUCCAAGGGAAGGCUGCGUGAGGCGGUGGGCACGGUGAAGCAGCUCACUGCCGAGAAACAGCAGCUCAAUUCUGGCCUGGCUGCUCUGACCAAGGAGCUGGUGGAAGUGGAGCAGGACCGGGACAGGCUGAUGAAGGAAAACAGCUGCUACUUUGUGGAGCUGGCAACGGCAGAGGCUGCUCUCAAACUCUCAGAGGCCACUCUAGCUGAGAGGCAGGAGAGGUUGCAGGCCUCUGAGGAACGGAACAAGGAGAUUGACUCCCUGCAGGAAACUGUGCAGAGUCUGAGGAGGGAGAAGGAGUGUGCGGAGGGAGCACUGACGGAGUCACGGGCCCGCAUCCUCAGCCUGACCCAGUCACUGCAGUCGAGGAACGAGGAGCUGCAGGACCUGUCUGACGUCCGGGCACAGGCCGCCCUGAUCUCGGACAACUGCGAGUUCUUGGAGCAGGAGCUGAAGAUUUGCCGGGAGCAGCUGGCAGAGACGGAGGGUCAGCUCAGUGAGCAGAUGCGCAUUCUGCACAGUCGCAACCUGCAGUGUGAGGAGCUACGGGCUCAGCGUGACCGCCUCCAGUCAGAGCUGGACACCGUUAAGAUAGAUGCACGAGAGAUGCUGAUGGAGAUGGGGGAGCAGAUGAGCCAGACCACCGUGAACAUCAUGGACAUGGAAAGUCAGAUGGAAGCAGCCUCCAGGACAGCCGAGACUUACCUGAAGAUCUGGCAACAGGAUCUCUUUCGGAUGGUGGGUGAAGACAGAGCAGAACCACGAACCCCAGCUCUCCAAUCCGACCAACAGGCAGCUGCGGCAGAGGAGGAGGCCCGGUCGUGUCCAGGUCCAGAGCAUCAGGGAGCACCUCGCUGUGACCUCAGGAGUGAACAGAGUGCCUUUGCUCCGAUUCAGCCUGCAAGUACGGACACCGCAGGUGGAGAGGACACGUUGCUGGUGCGCGUCACCCGGGCGCGGGCAGCACUUGGCAGACUGCUGGACCUGCAGAGCCAGGCGGAGAGUGCCUUACAGCGGCAAGUGAAGGCACUGCGGCUGGAGAUCGUUGAUGGCCGAGAGCAACAGAACGUGAGGAGCAGCCAAAAGCAGCUGGAAAUGCACAGUCUGCAGGACCGCGUGGCCGAACUUGAGGCAGAGAACCGUCAACUGGCCCGUGAUCUACAGGCACACGUCAAGACCAAGUGUGACAUGGAGGAAACUCUGAGUAAUCAGAAACAGACCAUCGUCAAAUUUCAUGAAAUGUUGGAUUCCAAUCUUGAGGAACACACACAGUAUCUGGCUAUGGAGCAGGAAGUCGUGGAGCUGAGGCGGCAGCUGCAGCAGCUGGAGACGGAGACCAGCACCCUCCGGCAAGAGUUUGCCAAACUGCAGACCCCUGGCGAUGCUCCAGGCAAGGGCUGGCUUCAGGAGAAGGUGGAGCUGCAACAUCAGGUGCGGAAGCUGCGGGGGGCUUACGUGCAAAAGGACAGCGAUAUGCAGCAACUGAGGGAGAAGAUGAUCAGACACCGAACCAUUCUGGAGGAGAACAAUCAGAAGGCAGAGGCGGAGGUGGCCAAACUGGACCAGAUGAUCGAGCAUGUCAGGAAUACACUCCAUUCGGUGCCUGAGGUGGUGUCGAGCUCCGCGGAGUUAAAGGGACUCCUGUUGUACCUGGGAGAUGACCUGGGAGCCUAAUGCAUCCGGACCACUGGGCCUCCCCGAUGCUCUCUCCGUUUGCCCGGGGUGUCACUACGAAGCAGGAAUUAAUGGUUGUGGGUGGGGAGACUGUUUGGGCUCUCCAGUGAUCUCAGCAUUCAUAACCCCACAUUCAAAAUCGGGCAUCUCUAGUUUGGAGAGAAGACCUGACCGUGAUCAUCCAUGUGAUGUGCACCAGCUCGAUUGUUCCAACAGUUUGAUGUGAUUGGCGCUGUUUGGUUGGCUUGUCUCAAGGCAUGAGUUCUCUGCUGAUCCCAGGCACAGUGAGACCCUGAUUCAGUGAGACCCUGAUUCAGUGAAACAUCGUGUGAAAUAUUUAUCUGUUGUACAGAGCUGUGUUUCUCUGCUGUGGUCCAUGUGGAGAUGCUUCUGUAUGGAGGAGCAGUCCCUCCUCUACAUUUGGAGGGGAAUGUUUCCCGUUGUAUAUAAUAAAGGCUGUGCAU